AUGACUCUCGACGCGAACGAUAAGCUGCUGGAAACAGUCCUGCAAGAGUACAAAAUAUUAGCCGAAUACGAACGGCUACAGAGCGAAGAUCUUGGUGGCAUUUACGUAACUCCGUCGUACGAAAAUCCCUUCCUUUGGUUCGGUGUUAUAUUCGUGCGGAGUGGAGUGUACAAAGAUGGAGUAUUCCGGUUCACCAUAACGCUUCCUAGCCGAUUCCCCAACGACAGCACCGUCCCAACAAUAACGUUCCAAAGUGACGUGUUCCAUCCGCUGAUCAAUCCUAACGAUGGAGUCGUAGACCUAACGGAAGCAUUUCCAAAAUGGCAGUCAGGUGAUAAUCACAUCUGGCAGAUGCUUAAAUUCGUCCAGUUCAUGCUACAAAAUUUGGACGAACACCCGAUACAGUCGAGCCAUGUGGCCAACAACGAAGCGUACGAGCUGAUGCUAGAAAAUCGCACCGAAUUCCAGUUGCGCGUUGAACAUUGCGUAGAGGAAAGCCAGCGGAAGUUAUAUGAAGUACCCGCUCAUCCGGAUCGGUUCUACAUAUGUUUCGAUCGAUUCAAUCCGGACGUGCACGGUGCGGCCCUGGAAUCGAUGAAGGAAUGCAAAGUAGCAGAAGUGACGACACCACCUUCAUCCGGACUGUCCUGGGUGCGGAAAGGAUUAUAUCAACCCCUUAGUAAAUAG